CUCUUUCUGACUCGCUCAGGAGAAAAGGAGGAAGCGGGGUGUGAGCAGCGCAGCGGCAGCUCGUGUUCUCGGCGGAAGGACAACACACACAACUCAAACUGCCUUCAACCACCGGCCGACCACAGCUCCGCAAGUUUGAACUCCCUCCACUCGUCGGAACGACGGUCGUUAAACGACACUCAGCGUCUCUCCGGUCGCCAGCAGCUCCCGUUGGUUAGUUUUUAUUUGAAAAAGAACAAUCCAAAAUCAGGAGCGCUGCACAGACAGUCGGAGAAUGGCAGACUCGGCGGCGGCCAACAGCGACGGGGAGGACGGCCCCCGCCAGCCCGCGCGCGGCUUCGCCCGCCAGGGAGCCCUCCGCCAGAAGAACGUGCACGAGGUGAAGGACCACAAGUUCACCGCGCGCUUCUUCAAGCAGCCCACCUUCUGCAGCCACUGCACCGACUUCAUCUGGGGUUUUGGCAAGCAGGGAUUCCAGUGUCAGGUGUGUUGUUUCGUGGUUCACAAACGUUGCCAUGAGUUUGUCACGUUCUCCUGUCCAGGCGCUGAUAAAGGACCUGCGUCAGAUGACCCGAGGGCAAAGCACAAGUUUAAGAUCCACACCUACUCCAGCCCGACCUUUUGUGACCACUGUGGCUCUCUGCUCUACGGCCUCAUACAUCAGGGCAUGAGAUGUGACCAUUGCAUGAUGAACAUCCAUAAGCGGUGUGUGCCCAUGGUGCCGAGUCUGUGUGGGACAGACCACACCGAGAGGAGAGGUCGCAUCCAGAUCACCGCUGAGGUCAAGACUAAUGUACUCACUGUUACCAUCCAAGAGGCAAGGAAUCUGGUUCCCAUGGACCCCAACGGUCUCUCAGACCCCUACGUGAAGCUCAAACUGAUUCCGGACCCCCGCAGUGAGAGUAAACAGAAGACCAAGACCAUAAAGUGCUGCCUCAACCCCACCUGGAAUGAGACCUUCAAAUUCCACCUGAAGGAGUAUGAUAAGGACCGCCGUCUGUCAGUGGAGAUAUGGGACUGGGACCUGACCAGUCGCAACGACUUCAUGGGAUCGCUGUCCUUCGGCAUCUCGGAGCUCCAGAAACAAGGAGUGGAUGGAUGGUUUAAGUUGCUCUCCCAGGAAGAAGGCGAGUACUUCAAUGUUCCUGUUCCUCCAGAGGGAGAGGAGGGCAACGAGGAGCUCCGGCAGAAAUUUGAGAGAGCUAAGAUCGGUCCAGGCAAGAACGCAGAAGGCAAGUCGGCCAAUGCUGCGUCCCGCUUCGACUCCAAUGGCAACCAAGAUCGUAUGAAGCUGUCUGACUUUAACUUUCUGAUGGUGCUGGGAAAGGGCAGCUUCGGCAAGGUGAUGUUGGCGGACCGUAAAGGGACAGAAGAACUGUACGCAAUAAAAAUCCUGAAAAAGGAUGUUGUGAUCCAGGACGACGACGUUGAGUGCACCAUGGUGGAGAAGAGAGUGUUGGCGCUGGCGGGAAAGCCCCCGUUCUUGACACAGCUGCACUCCACCUUCCAGACUAUGGACCGUUUGUAUUUUGUCAUGGAGUACAUAAACGGUGGAGAUCUCAUGUAUCAGAUUCAGCAGGUCGGCAAGUUCAAAGAGCCACAUGCUGUAUUCUAUGCCGCAGAGAUAGCCAUUGGUCUGUUCUUCCUCCAUCAAAAGGGAAUCAUCUACAGAGACCUGAAGCUGGACAACGUGAUGCUGGACUGCGAGGGCCACAUUAAGAUAGCAGACUUUGGCAUGUGUAAAGAAAACAUGAAUGAUGCAGUCACCACCAAGACCUUCUGUGGAACACCAGACUACAUAGCUCCUGAGAUCAUAGCUUACCAACCUUAUGGUAAAUCUGUGGACUGGUGGGCCUUUGGAGUAUUGCUGUAUGAGAUGCUUGCUGGGCAGCCUCCAUUUGACGGUGAGGAUGAGGAUGAGUUAUUUCAGUCAAUCAUGGAGCAUCACGUCUCCUAUCCAAAAUCUAUGUCCAAGGAAGCUGUCGCUAUCUGUAAAGGGCUGAUGACGAAGCAUCCGGCGAAACGACUCGGCUGCGCUCCUGAGGGGGAGAGAGACAUCAGGGAGCACAGCUUCUUCCGCUACAUGGACUGGGAGAAAGUAGAAAACAAGGAGGUGCAGCCGCCAUUCAAACCCAGAGCUUGUGGACGAGAUGCCGAGAACUUUGACCGCUUUUUCACACGCCACCCGCCAGUGCUGACCCCUCCCGACGAGGAAGUGAUACAGAACUUGGACCAGGACGAGUUCCAGGGAUUCUCCUUUAUCAACCCGGAGUUCCCCGGAGCCGCUGCUACCCCCACUGCCGCCGUGCAGGCUUGAUUUCAGCCCAUGCACGGACACACGGACACACUCACGCAAACACACAAAAAUCAUUCCUGUACCUUGGAAUAUACACGUACACGUUCACAAUUUUAUCGACUUAAGAUGUCCCAGAAAAUUGCUCGUACUGGCACAGUGCCUGAAGCCACGACAUUUGGGCUUCAAGCUAUAAACUCCUACACAUACAUUUGUUGUUCACACUGUUGCAACCAGGCUAUUUUAGUUUUAGUUGUCGUGAAGACGCUUAAGGAGGAAGACGCGGGUACUUUUCCUCAGAGCUCCUGAGCAAGAACCAUGGCUAACUCAACACCAGCAGCCUGGCUGCUGUCCGAAGCAGAAAACAACGGUGAAAACCCCAGAUUGAUCAAAUAACCUUGAGUUGAACUUACUGUAGUUUUAAUUAGUAGGCUGGUUGUGUUACUUUAUACUGAUCCAGUAGAAAGAAGACAAACUGCAGGUCGUUUUUGAAGCCUCUCAAGUCCUGGAGCUCUCUCCCCAGAGUGAACGCCCGUCCGAGGUUCCCUCUUGUUUUAGCUCUUUUUCUAUCGCUCUCCUUCUUCGCCGAGAAUAACGUGGUGACACAAGGCUCAUUGGGGACCAAUAUAGGCGUGGAUGGUGUCGUUUCUCUAUCACCAUUACACUGUGCAAUCAGUUUUAACAUCAUAAUGACACGAUGAAGACAAAAAGUUGUCUAUUUCAGCUUUAAAGUAGAUAGAGUUAGGAUUAAGGGAAUAGUUUGACAUUUUUUGAAAAUAUUCUUAUUAACCUUGAUAAUCUAACUAUGAAGCUUCUGCCUGCCGCCAGCUAACGCAUCUUAGCACAAAGACAGGAAACCAGCGGACCUGGCUCUGUCCAGAGGUAACGAAAUUACCUUACUGUUCUAUAUGAAAUGUGCCCUGAGAUAACUUCAGUUCUAACUCACUGUUUCCACUCUUUGUGAAAGUUAUCAGUCUUCUCAUCUAAUUGUCUGCAAAGAAAGAAAUAACGGUAUUUCAGAAAAUGUAAAACUUUUCCUGUGAGUUAAUCAUUUUGCACUUAGACAAAUCCCGCAUUUCCCAGCGCUUCCAUCUCGUCAAAACGCUACUAUGAGCGAGUCAGACGUACCAUUAACUUUCUGAAAGGAGUGCUUUUGAGAUCUUUACUGUUAAAAGAUAAUGUACAAUUGUGGCCUGUGAAACUAGAAAACAUUUGACGGUAAAUGAGGAGAUUCACCACAAGCUUGAUUUUUCAGACUGUGUUGUUAACAGUGUGAACAAAGUGUUUGUGUUUAUUGAAUCAAACGUAAUUGGAAUCAGGUUGAAAAGAAAAACAGUGUCCAUUGAAAAGUUCAUAAAAUGUCAAAUUUGCAAUGAGGAACAAAAAAAAGAGCACCAUUAAAAAUGAGAAAUGAAAUAUAUAGAAACACAGUACAUCUAUAGCCUAAUUACAGAAUAUUAACAAGACAUGAUUCCUCCAGCACACACAAAUACACAACUGCAUCAUUUUACAUGUGACAGAGUUUCACCUUGUGAUGUAACAUAUUUUUUCUCAUUCCUCGGCUAUUCUAGGGCAUUUUGAGUUAGGCCUGUUAUUCUGGUGUGCUUUUUAUUCAGUGUGUAAUAUUAAUAAUAAUAAUAAUAAUAAUCAUGUCUGUAUGUUUAUCCUAAUCUUCGCUAAAACUGGAAUGCUUGACAUAUUGUGCAUGAGUUUCUAUAUCAGUCGCAGCCAAAGACUUUGUCCCUCAACCACAUUUUAGCAUCGUAUCUUAGAACCUCUCUGAUGCCAUUUUGUGGCUCUUCUUUGUGGUUUUUGAAAUUAGUUUCAAAAGAAAACAAGAGGCAAACCAUGUCAGGUCAGAGGUGUGCCAACAGAGAGACAUCGAAACACAAAUAUCAGAAUUCCGCUGUUUUUGCCAAGCAUGAUGGUAAAAUGCUGUUGUGAAGUGUAGUCUUUGUUUGGGCUUUGAGUCACUUAAAUUGUUAGAAGAUAUUUCCUCUUACUCUGUUCUUUUCUGUUAUCUAGUAUUUAGGCAAUGAGAGAGACCUCGCAGUUAGUUUCUUUGUGUUUUACAAAAGCAUGAUUCCAAUACAUGGCCUGGGUCUGUUUACUGUAUCGCUGUGUGUGUGUGUGUGUGUGUGUGUGUGUGUGUGUGUGUGUGUGUGUGUGUGUGUGUGUGUGUGUGUGUGUGUGUGUGUGUGUGUGUGUGUGUGUGUGUGUGUGUGUGUGUGUGUGUGUGUGUGUGUGUGUGUGUGUGUGUGUGUGUGUGUGCUCUCAGCUCCUUGUCUGGCCUUGUGUUUACAUUUGUGUGUGUGUUGACUGUCAGCACCUCUACUUAAUAUCAAGCAGUGUUGGUAUUUACCCCUUAUUUCCCACGUCUGGCUCCACAAGUAGUAGAAGAGAAAAGAGGAUGCCUAAGUGAAUAAAGUGUGUUUCUGUCGGGAUGUGUUGAAUUUGAAAGAAUUAGGGAAAUUCUAUAACAUCUAUCCAUCUGUGUUUGAAUCAGCACUGACGUUCAGUACUGAAACCUCUACCCAGUCCAUGGAACGCACCGCCUCAUCACUGGGGGUGUUUUUGCAGGUUAGUGUUGACUCCCUGCUUUCAACACACCUGAAGUUUCCCUGGUAGAAAAAGAAAAAGGCCACUGGCUGGAACAGAUGAGCUGAGCAUGUAGCCCUACUUUUCUGAUCUAGUGUUUUGAUUGUGUGGGAAAGGAUUUGUGGCUCAACUCACUGUGAUGGUUUCCUUCAAGUAGCCUUCAGCAUGCGCAAUAAGAGUUUCCAUCCUAACUACAGCAGCAGUAACACUGGGCUUCUGCAGCAGGAACGUGUGUGUGUGUAUUUUGUCUUUUGACUUUUGUUUUCCUUACCUAGCAAUAAUGGUGUUGACAGGAAGGAAGUAUUAGUACUGGACCAACUUUAAGGGGACUCAGGUUAGGACUGUAAUUGAUUCACAUUCGAAGUCUAUGAGUUUACGAAGCUUACGAAGCAUAUUCAUCUCAGCCAGAGAAAGAACCCGCUGUACUUUAUUUCACUGCAGCUCAAAUUGUCUGGAAGUACCUGACGUCCCUUGUCAUAUCACCCUCUUCAUCACAGAGGGACAUCGGGGGAGUGUUUUACUCCCAAGGUUGGCGCAUGGCCUCUCGGGUUCACUGGUGUUCAUCAGUAGUCGUGGUAUGACGUUUUCUACACGUGUAUCGACACCUGAAGAAGUACUUUGGGUUGUGUUCAUGGUGCAGUAGGAAUUAGAGAUGCUCAGGACUCCAAGUCAGACCAGAUCCAAUCAGAUCAGAUAGGUCCUAAUUUUACCUCCACGUUCCUCAGACCUGUGCGUCAGUAUGAAUCAGUGCGUAUGAUCAGAUCUGAUCAUGUGAAGAAAAUAUUUUUUCAAUUAAGUUUCUUAGACUUUACAUUUGUUCUUGGGACAUUAUAUUGUUGCUGCUCUUUUUGACUGUGGCUAAUUUUUAAUUAAUAGCACGCAAUGCUGCUGCCAGUGUUGGUGUGUUCUCUCUCUCUCUCUCUCUCUCUCUUUGGCUAAACAACAUUUUGGAUGUUUUGGAUCAGGUCUAAUUAUCCUCUGGUCUGUGCAGCUCUCUCUUUUUAUUUUUAUUUAAUUGGGUUUGAGUAGGUUUUUCCACAGAUCAUGCUCAUCAUUUUGGACUGUAAUGCCAUUGUACAGUUAGUUAACUUCAACAAACGACGGUCAUCUGUCAGUCAGAAUCAGAAACACUUUAUUGACUCAGCUAACAUGACUGUUGACGUAAUCACAAAUAUAGUAACCGGUAUCUAAAGUUGUUCAGCUUUAUCACAGAAGAUUACUACUGUACACUCACAAAUAUCUGAUAGUUAUGGUUACAGUCCUACAGACAAAUCACUUAAGCUGUUUUCUUACAUGAACUCCGGGAAUAUCCGGAAAUUGGGUCCACACAUUUUCCGCAGUUUGCCGUUCACAUAUGACGAACACAGCAGGAACAUUUUGGGAACGUUCAGGCGAGGGACAGACUAACAUCUGGACAAGGUUGGUCCUGUCUUAUAUCUCUAGUCUUAAACGAUAAACUGCUGAUGAGUUCAGAACUGAAGAGCAGCUUCAGUGUUUUCACAUUUCAUUCAUAGUUAUGAGUGCGAACGUAAAUGGAACUGUUGUGUUUUUACGACAACAAAAAGCUCAUUCAUCGUUCUUUAUUUGUGUCGUACCUCCUUUGCCGGCAUUUAUUACAAUCAGUGUCCCGUGUAUUAUAACAAUAAAAACACCAAUAUACACAUAAACAUAUAAACUGUGUCAAAUGUUGAUAUAAACCUACAAUUUAAACUGUCAGUAUUGUAAAGGGCAAGAGGAAUCAAAGUCUUAAUCCAGGAUUCGUGCUUUUGUUUCUACGAUUCCUUCCUGUUGCAGGAAAGCAAACCUAAAACUGCAUGUUUUACCUUUUUAUUAGUUAGGAUUUAUACAGUAUAUAUUUAAAAUAUUAGGGUGAAACAUGUUUUCUGUGUCAGCCGUGCUUCAAAACUGUGAUCCAGGCCACUGCGCUGUGAAAACAAUGAAAUAUAUAAAAAAGGAAAAAAAAUGCUUCUCACACUGCUUUCCAUGUGCAAUUUGUUUUCUCUUUUUCUUUUUUCAAGAAAAACAGGCAUACCUAAAAUAAAGGAUUUCAAAUAUG